AUGUCCAUAAAGGAGGAUGAUAUGAAGAAUGAUUCUGAUAAUGAUUUGGGUGAUGAUUUCGAUUAUCAACCAAAUGCAGAAGAUGAUGCUGAAGACGACGAUGUGGACUCGCUGGAUUCUACUAGCAAGAGUGAAGAAGUUUGUGGUGUAAAAAGAAUAGCAGAUUUAAUGGUGGAGGAUAUUUGGAGCCUGGAGUUUAGGACAGAGGAUGAGGCUUGCCAAGUUUAUAACGCUUAUUCUUGUUGGGAUGGAUUUGUAAUGAGGAAGGACGACAUGGUUAGGGAUAAUCAAGGUAGAAUCAUUAGCAGGCAAUAUGUUUGCAACAAAGAGAGCUGGAGGAAUAUGAGGUAUCUUGAUCUGGAUGAUAGAACAAGGGAGACAAGGUCACUAACGCGAACCAAGUGUCCAGAUCGGCUUAGGGUAAAGCUUGACUACGGCUACGGUAGAUGGAAUGGUGGAUAUCGUCAUACUGGCUUCACACGCGAAGAUUUGUACAACCACAUUGAUCGUUAUCGUCGGUUAAAAGUUAAAAUCGGGGAUGCCAAUGCGGCAAUAAACUAUUUGAUUGGCAAGUCAAACAAUGAUCCGCUGUUCUUUGGAAAGUAUACGUUCACUAAUGACGAAAGGCUUGAGCAUAUUUUUUGUGCAGAUGGGCAGUCAAUUAUCGACUAUCACUGUUUUGGAGAUAUUGUUGCCUUUGAUUUAACCUACAAGAAGAAUAAAUACAACAAGCGUUUGGUCAUUUUCUCCGGAUGCAAUUUUUGGCUCUGGCCUACUAUCCGACGAAACCACAGAGACGUAUAA